UCAUCUUCUUCCAAUUCUAUAAACAAACAUAACUCUCUUCUUCUUCUCUCCCUAAAACCCAAAGUCUCAAAACCAAAUCAUUUCAAAUUCUCUUCAGAAAUUGUGUUGAUUCGUGGAGGAAAAUGGUUCGGAUUGAAAUGGAGGAACCCCAGGACGAAGUUCCCAUUCCUCCGAAGGCCUCUGCAUCGGCCAAAAAGACGACGGAUUCAAGCAGCGGUCCGUCAACAUCUAAUGCGAGCAAAGACCCUUCCGAUGGCUACGAGACUGCCAGCGAUGGAGAGCUUGGUGAUAGUAGCGACGAGCAUCAAGAGCAUCUCGAUCAACAUUCAGAACAGGAGGAACGAAUUGCCACGCUCAGUGAAGAUGAGAUUAAAGAGAAAGCCUUGGCUGAAGCAAAUAAUGCAAAGUUGGCGGGCAACAAACUGUUUGGAGAAGGAAAAUAUGAGGAGGCAAUAUUAGAAUACGAUCGUGCUUUAAACAUUGCUCCGGACAUGCCCUCUGCAGUGGAGUUACGGUCCAUAUGCCAUGCAAACCGUGGCGUGUGUUUUCUAAAACUAGAAAAAUAUGAUGACACGAUCAAAGCAUGCUCAAAGGCAAUUGAACUGAAUCCUGCAUAUGUCAAAGCUUUGUCUAGAAGAGGAGAGGCUCACGAGAAGCUUGAACACUUUGAGGAGGCCAUUAACGAUAUGAAAAAGAUAUUGGAAUUGGAUUCAUCAAAUGACCAAGCUAGGAAGACCAUCCGUCGCCUUGAACCACUAGCCGAACAAAAACGAGAAAAGAUGAAAGAAGAGAUGAUUGGAAAGUUGAAAGACAUGGGCAAUUCUUUGUUGGGUCGUUUUGGUAUGAGCGUGGACAACUUCAAGGCUGUCAAAGACCCAAAUACUGGUUCCUAUUCAAUAUCAUUCCAACGAUAGUUUGGCUUUACUCCAUUUGUAUUUACGACGACGGUAAGAGAAUAGUAUACGGAAAAAACGAUCCCUGUAUGUAUUGAGCAUUGUUUAUUCCUGGAUUUAAUGAUCAUAACUGUUGGUAGUGUUUAAAUUUUGGGCUAUGGUUGGUUUUUCAUAUUGCAAAUUGCUAUGUUUUCCCCUGGAUGGUACUUUAUUUAUUGUUGUUACUUGUUACCUUAUGAUUGUGGACUCUACAUGCCAGGCUUUUUCUACUA